AUGGCAAACAUAAACCCUCUCAAUGUCUACACCGGGCAGGACUCGAUGAAGAAGUACCUCAAUCCAGACUGUCAACCAUCAUUACCCUUAGUCGAGAUUCCGCAGUCCUUAAACCCGUUUUAUGACGAUGGUGUGCGUGUGUACGCAAAGAUGAUGACCAUGCAUCCUACCAACAACGUGAAAGCAAUUCCAGCUUUUAAUCUUUUGGAGACGGAUGUUGUCCCCGGAAAGACAAAGACAGUGAUUGAGUAUAGUUCUGGCUCAACCAUCAUGUCGAUGGCAGUGAUUGCCAAUGCCGUUUACGGGAUCAGCGAUGUCAGGGCCUAUUUUAGCAAUAAAAGCAGUGAUGCGAAGAUUCACCUGUUGCAAUUCUUCGGUAUCAACGUCACACUGUUUGGCGGUCCCACACAACCAGAUCCAUUAGACCAUCGUGGUGGAAUCUUCACAGCACAGAAGUCAGCCUUGGACUCCGAGGAGGUUAUCAACCCGAACCAAUACGAAAACGAUGGCAAUUGGCAGGGCCAUGUGAAAUACACUGGGCCCCAGAUUUUCAAGCAACUCCCAGAAAUAAACGUGAUAUGCUGUGGUAUUGGAACUAGUGGGACCAUGACUGGGCUGGGGCAAUAUUUCCAAAAGGCAAAACCAUCUGUCUUGAGGGUGGGAGUCUUCACUGCGCCGGGUGAUCUUGUCCCAGGGCCCAGAACACACGCGCUCAUGACUCCUGUCGAGUUCCCAUGGAAGUCGUCCAUGGAUGCCCUAGAGGAAGUCAAAUCUCCAGAGGCCUUCUUAUUGUCUCUCAAACUUUCUCGACAAGGGUUGGUAUGUGGCCCUUCAUCAGGGCUCAACCUGCAGGGGCUUUACCAGCAGCUGCAAAAACGCAAGGACGCUGGGACAUUGUCCAGUCUUGCAGGUCCAGACGGCAAAAUACACUGUGUCUUCCUAUGCUGUGACCUGCCGUACCAGUACAUAGAUACUUAUUUUGACAAGGUGAAUCAGGAGGAGUUCCCUCCCGUAACAAAUAACAACCUCCGUAAAGUUGACCUUUACCGUUAUGACGACCUCUGGGAGACUGAACCUGCAAAAAUCCUUUCGGAGUUUUACAAGACCUCCCCUUCCACUGGUCUGCUAUUUGGCGUUGGGAACGCAGGCAGCUUUGAUAGUUUCCAACUUAAAGAAGAUCACCCACGAUGCAUAAUCGACAUCCGUAAGCCGGCCGAUUUUGAGCAGUGGCAUCUACCCCAAGCCAUAAACGUCCCUCUAAACACCCUUGAAAAGGACACUACGUCGCCAUUUUCUGACUCUGCUGUCCUUGAGGCACAGUGGCUCGAAAUAGAGGGCUGGUUUAAUCAGAGCGGGGAGAAGUCCGCCUUAUUGACGGAACUGAAAGCGAAGAAGACGCGUGUCUUACUUGCCUGCUAUAGCGGAAAUACGUCCCGGGUUGCUACUAGUGUUCUGCGAGCGAAGGGAAUCGAAGCAUGGUGCAUUCGCGGUGGGCACAAAGCACUGGGUGGCCCAGAUGUGGCACCAGUGGGCUUGCACAAUGUCCAGGCGAGCACUCCGAAUGGUUUUCAUCCAUCAUUAAAGCCCAUCAGGAUUAACUAG